UAGUUUAAUCGAUUUAUUGUUUUCUUGUCAUUGUUAAAAUCUUUAUGAUUUUUUUUUUGUUGAUUGAUUUUCUCCAGAACACCACGACAAAAACAGUGAUGAAAUGCGUAGUUUCAAAACACGAAUUGUUACCGUAUUAUUCGUCUGUUCAAUCAUAACUGUUUCAAUGUUAUUCUAUUUUAUGCUCAUUUUCGAUGACAAAAAGUUGGCAAACAAUUUAAUCAAUACAUCUCGAUCUGUGAUUGUUGUUGGAUUUGCUGAACUUCGUAAAGAGAAUCUAACAUUAUGUGAAACAUAUGAGAAAAAAGUUAAACUCAAAUUGACGCAAAUGUUUGAUGAGGAUUCUGCUGCUGCUGGGCAUCAUAUUGAUAAUGAUGAUGAUGAUGAUGAAAAAAGUGUAAAUGAGAAUUACCUUGGAAAUUUUUUUGAAUCGUUGAAAUCAGAUUUGCAGCCUAAACAAGAAGAUUCAAGUAAUAAUUCAGCAUUAAAUUUUAAGAAUAAAGAAUUGAAAAAAAUCUGGUCGAUAGCCAAAAAAUGGGUUCGUGCCCGGCAAAUAAUUCCGGAGAAAGCACCAGAAUUGUCAUUAGUAAUUCAAGCAUUACAACAUUCCAAAAUAAUCAAAAGUGAUGUCAGCCGAAAAGGUACUCAAUUGAAGCUUUUAUUAACGUUAGAAGGUGGCCAACAAGCAUUGUUUAAACCUCGACGUUAUCCACUUGAUUACAUCCCUGACGAUAUUUAUGCUGGAGCAGAUCGUCAUAAUGGAGAAAUUGUUGCAUUUCAUUUGUCAAGAAUUUUGAAUCAGAGAUAUGCACCGAUUGUUGCAUCACGAAUAAUUAACGUAGCGAAUGAAAUCAAACCUGUCGCAUCUCCAUCAUUAUUGGCUACAUUCGUGCCACAAACAACAAAAUCAAAUAAAACUCUUGAAUGUUUUUACGGAGAAUGUUAUUAUUGUAAUGAAUAUGAACUUUUAUGUCCAGAUGAAUCAACAGGAACACUUGAAGGUGCCAUCAUUCUAAUGUUACCUAACCAAUAUCAAUUACAAAAAUUACGACAUCCAUGGCAACGAACCUAUAAAAAAAAUCUUAAAGCUCAAUGGGAAAUGGAUUCACAUUACUGUUUAUCCGUGCUGAAAUCAAAUUCAUUACGACCACGUGUGUUAGAUUUUGUUGACACUGCCAUUUUUGAUUAUCUAAUCGGUAAUGCUGAUCGUCAUCAUUAUGAAGUGUUUAAAGAUGUUUCGAAUAGUGCCCUUUUAUUAAUUGAUAAUGGAAAAAGUUUUGGCGAUCCAGCACAUGAUGAAACGACUAUCAUUUUUCCAUUACUACAAUGUUGUGUGAUUCGUAAUCAAACUUAUCAACAUUUACGUCGAUUUGCAUUCUCAACCGAUUCUAGUCGAUUUAAUUUAUCUUCCAUCAUUCGACAAUUACUUUCGAAUGAUCAAUUAUGGCCAUUGCUCACCGAACGCCAUCUACAGGCUUUGGAUCGAAGAUUAAGAAUGAUUAUAGCCACAAUUGAAUUAUGUUUCGAUACAUAUCAACGAAAUUAUGUUCUCAAAAAUUAAUUAAUUUAUAUAUACUUUAAUGGG